AUUUUUAACAUCAGCCCUUUAUUCUUGAACUUUCAGACUGCCGCCACAUGCAGUAACAUGUGAAACUUCACAUUCUUCUGCACAAACAGACCGAACCAGGCGCAGCGAGGUAACCCCCCGUGCAGAGCGCGUGUCCGAUGUGGAGGGUGGCGGCGGGGUCUUACAGACGGUGUGACUGUACCAGCCUGCGCACGUAGGUGAGACAGGCGGUGGAUUUCUGUCAGAGACAAGUUAUUUUUUUCCUCAGGAAUGGGGUGGUGCCUGUUUGUAAAACAUAUUCUUGUGAAGAGGGGACGACUAGAAGUAGCGAAUCUAUACUUAUAUGAACUUUUAAUCCCUUCCAUUUAACUGUGCCAAGCAGUAGUCCGAGAAUCCCAACUGGAAGCUGAUAACCGAACAUGAAAAACAUCAAAUGCGUGGUGGUUGGGGACGGUGGUGUGGGUAAAACUUGUCUUCUUAUCAGUUACACAACAAAUGCAUUUCCUGGCGAGUACAUCCCUACAGUUUUUGACAAUUACUCUGCAAAUGUGAUGGUUGAUGGGAAACCAGUAAAUUUGGCUUUAUGGGACACAGCUGGACAAGUCGACUAUGACAGGCUACGCCCUUUAUCAUAUCCAGAGACAGAUGUGUUUUUAGUUUGCUUUUCGCUUGUAAACCACAUGUCAUAUGAAAAUAUCCAAUCAAAGUGGAAACUUGAAGUGCAGCAUCAUUGUCCCAACACACCUAUCAUUGUUGUAGGUACAAAGGUUGAUUUGCGGGAUCAUAAAGAAACUAUUGAAACGCUGAAAGAAAAGCAACUUAAUCCAAUAACCUACCCACAAGGGCUUGCCAUGGCAAAACAAAUUGGUGCUGUAAAAUAUCUUGAGUGCUCUGCGCUUACCCAGAGAGGACUUAAAGCAGUUUUUGAUGAAGCAAUUCGGGCAGUUUUAAUCCCUCCGCCUGCUGAGAAGAGUAAAAGAAGGUGUAUGCUUCUAUAAACAUAUCUAUAACCAUAUACACCUUAUGAAGAACUGGAGACCCCAUUCAGCUUACCCCCUUUUUGUUCGAGCUGUUAGUCAUACUGCCAUGUGUUUUGGCUUGCACAACUUUGUUGUAGUGUUAUGCCUUACAUAUGUAAAUGUACACUACUCAAGAAUUUAACACUGGAAACCUUAUUUCUUGUUAAAUCUAUUUAAACUCCCAUUUUACAGGUUUUACUUAAAUGUAUUUAAAAUGUUGCCAAAAUCGCGGGUAAGUAAGAGUUUUGUGAUUAUUGCACUACAGAUGUGAAGCCUGUAACUGGAUUCAUACAAAGUGGUCUUAAGAAAAGAAACAUGAAAAAUUCUGAUGGCAGAAAUGUUCUGUAUGACUACAUUGCAAAUUUCACAUCUGAAAUUUGAAUGAUGAUGUUAAUGGUCUGGUGCCAAGAAAUGAAUCUUGCUAUAUUCUGGUAUAAUGUAAUUGUCAUAGCUUUAACUAUUGUACACUGUAUUGUAAAUCAACUCAAUUUUAUAGUAAAUAUGCACUUUAUUCAUUGGAUAUGCAAAAUAAAUUGCUUUAUUACUGUAUAGGUGGGAGAAACUAACUCUAGCUGUUGCUGUUUUAUAAUAAACUUCUUAGUAAUUAAA